UUGUUUUCAUUCGCCGCUCGUUCUUCGUGCGGGUGUUCGGAAAAUGUGUUUUGAUUGAAUAAUCACCGGAGCGGCUGGAAAUAGUGUUUAGUGAAUUUUAAAGCUGAAUUUGUUAAAUUAAAUAAACCACGAUGAACCAAGCCGAGGUGGCGAAGCUGAUGUCGCAGCUGAGGAUCGCGAUCCGCCCGCGGCAUCGCAACAUAAAGAACGUGGACGGUCCCGAGGGCCGGCUGGACAAACUUCGCAAGACGGUGACGGCGCUGGUGAAACAUGAACGCAUCGAGCUGAACUACCAGCGAGCGGACGAGGCCCGGGGGUACGCGGAACGGCUGAUUUCCGACGCCAUCCGGUACGGCGACUGCCACAAACCGACGAUGGAGAUGGCCGACUACUGGCUUGUGGAGAAGCAGCUGGUGCACAAACUGUUCAAGGUGCUGGCGCCACGCUUUGAGGACUGCAAAGUGUCCGCGACGCGGAUGUACAAGGCACCGAAGGACUACCCCGGGUGGUACAGGAAGCGGGCCGUGCUGGAGCUGCGGGGGAAUCCGUACCCGCCGUUGGUGCAGAACUUGGCCCAGAACCGCAGCCUGCUGCACAACGUGCUGCUGGACGAGGCGAGGAAGGACUUCCGGAAGGAGAAGUACGCCGAAAUUGCGGCCCAGAUCGGGCAGGAUGCUAGUAACAGUGUUGGAAGUGGUGGUGAGGCGGAAGCGGGGAAGUGAAGUUCUUUUGGGGGGAGGAAAUAGUGUGUAAAUAAAAUAGCGAAGUGAUUCCACAA